AGUCGGAAGCGCACGGAACCAGAGGCGGGGUGUGAGAGCUGGCGCGCGCACGCGUAAAGUCUUUGCAGCUUCGGUACGGGGCGGAGCUUUGCCCGUCAGCAGAGGCAGAGUAGCGAUCGUCGCCAAAGCGCGCGGUUUUAUUUCUCUCCGCUUUGGACGAGGCAAACUAGCUUUUGGUAGUGAAGCGGGUACGCAGUUAUUCAACAAUGUCUGGUGAGUCAGGACAGCCUGAAGCUGGUCCCUCACAUGCAGGGACAGGUUGGCCGAACCCUGAGAGAAAUCGGGCUGGGGUCCCGGGAGGGGUGAUCCGAAGAGCUGGUGCCCAAGGGCGCAGGUCCUGGAUCCAAAAGAUUCUUGAACAGAUUAUGGACUCACCUCUCCAGUGUGUCACCCCCUCGGAGGUGGUGCCUGUCACUGUGCUGGCCGUCCAAAGGUACCUGUUAGAGGAUGAGCCACGCGACACGGUGCCCAAGCCUCCCCUUUAUUGCUAUGAUGUGACUAUCUCAGACGGGGUGUACCAGGAGAAGUGCUAUUUGGACCCCAGCUUGAAUUCUCUCGUAUAUCAAAAUAUUCUUAAAGUUGGCAUACAAAUGAGAAUUUCCAGAGUCUCAUGUCUUUACAAUGAGAAAAGGAUAGGCCAGGGGAUCCUGUGCUUAGGUAACGUCCACUGUGGGGAGACCUUAGACACUAUUUCUUUAGAAACUCCCUUCAGAAAUAGAGCGCACGAGGAGAAACCAGAGAGGCCUUUAAGAGGCGGGAAGAGUCAUUACUUGGCGCUGUGGAAUAACGAAGAUCCGUAUGGAGAUAUCUGGUUAACUGACAAGCAACCUGAGGAGCUCAACUUCAGCGAUACCAAAAUAAUUUCCCUUUCUCACCUUGAAAUGACCUGGGCUAACAGAAGAAAUUUUCCUGCAUUGCUUGUGAGGAUCAUACAUAAAUCAAAACUGCGAUACUAUGGGAAACCUGAUAAAAAGAUGAUUGAACCAUAUCAGACCUUUUUGGAGGUUGCUGACAGUUCAGGCACGGUGUCGGUGAUUAUGUGGAAUGCCCUGUGUCCUGAGUGGUUUAAAAGUUUGCGGGUUGGUUUAGUUCUUCUGCUUCAAGAUUAUUCUGUUAAAAAGAGUUAUCCAUUCAGAAUGCAGCCUGUCCCCGUGGAUCCACAGAUCAAAUUAAUUUCUACAAUGGAAAUCUGCCUGAAUCUUCGAGAUCCCCCAACAAAUAUAAUUAUUGUUCCAGAAAAGCAGGUGAAACCAGAAUGGAGACUGCCGAAGUUAAAUCACCGAUUUACCACAAGGUCAGAGCUGGAUAAUAUGCCAGAAAAUUGUAUCUGUGAUGUUAUUGGCCUUUUAGUUUUUGUCGGAAGGGUCCAGCGGUCAAAGAAGAAAGAAAACCGUGAAGAUUUUUGGUCAUAUCGCUGGAUUCACAUUGUUGACGGGACGUCAGAGCAACCAUUUAUAGUGGAACUGUUUUCAACAUCGCAGCCAGAAAUCUUUGAAAAUAUUUACCCAAUGGCAAAUUUUGUGUGUACACAGCUGAAAGUUGUCAGAAAUGACAAUCAAGUACCUAAACUGCUUUACCUCACCACUACAAAUGAGAGUGGAGUGUUUAUUACUGGUCAUAGAGGCCAGCCGUAUACGUAUGAUGCCAAGGUGAAAAACUUUAUUCAAUGGAUUAAAACGAAGUCUGAUUCCGGGGAACAGAGGAAUAUGGUUAUUGGUGGAUAUUACCCCUAUCCUCCAGUGCCAGAGACAUUUUCCAAGUAUAGUAGUUCUACCAAAGUUCAGUCGCUCUUGACAGCUAUGAGUGAAGUCAGGAAGGAGAUUGAAGACUUGCAGUAUAGGGAACAAAAGCGCAUUGCAAUUCAGGGGAUAAUUACUGUUAUAAAGUAUAUCCCCCAUAGCAGUGGGACUGAAAGUGCCUCAGCAUCAGAUACACUUCGGAAUGCUAAUAGACCCUCGACAUCUCAAGCAGUUAGAGUAGAAAAUCAAGAAAGAAAUGCUAAACGGCAUCACGAUGAUGAGCCAAUGAGUUCUCAGUGUUUCCAAACUACAUCUACAAAUUUGAAUCUGAGCAAUAAAAUAAGAAUUCUUCAAGGCCCACAUACUAAUCCAGUUGCUGUACCUCAACCAGGAACUUCUGUACAAGCAAAGGGAAUUAAGCCAGGCAUGCCAACCAUCUCCAAGGGUCGACCAAAUACAAACCCCAGCUUGCAAGGGAAAGCCAGAAAAACUAUAAGUGAUAGGUGGGAGAGUCAGCUGUGGAGGGAGAAAAAGUUUGGCUUAAUAGAUCACCUACACUACAGCCGUGUUUAUCCGGAAAGUAUUCCACGGAAAUUUACAUUUGAACACAGAAAGUUUCUUAGUCAGCAGUAUAAUUCUCAGCCUUCUAAAUAUAUACCACCAGAAGGAAGGCCCCCAAAACUUGAUGAUUUUAAGAGUGCCCGAAGCCUUGGACAUUUUGAAGUAACCAUCCUAGGUCUGAACCAUGAGAUAGCAAUCGAUGUUGCAUUUCUACCCAUGUAUUGCCCAGAAGAUAUUCGAACAUCUCAAAUAGACACACUGUUGACCUCCAUGAAUUACAGCUGUGCAUAUCCACAGGAUGCAAAUGCCAAUGACCGAUUGCCAGGUUCGAGAGCAGUUGCAGGUGAUAUUAUAAAAGCUGUAACUGAACUGGAUAGAGUGCAUAUCGUCGGUAUCUUGGACAUCUGUAAUUUGGGUAAUAAUAAUGUGGAAGUCUAUUUGCACAAAAUUUAUAGUCCAGACAAUACUUCUUAAAAGUUAGCAAAUGAAAUGAUUACGGAUUACAAGAGGGCACUGCUUUAAAUAUAUUCUGUCAUUUUGCUGGUAAUUUCAGUAACUGUUUUCAGCAAGAAUAUUACAUGAGCUCUAAAGUUAUUAAGCAGUUUCAUGCUCGUCUUGUAUUUGGGGUGCUAAGACACUUCAUUUUCGAUUUACUAUUGAGAAAGAUCCUCAAAAUAAGUUUGUGUAUAUGGAAAUUUACCUUACUUAUCUUACUAAUAUGACUAUGAUCUUGACUUGUAAUAAUUUAUGUUCCAUUUGUGAAGUGUACUUUCAUUCUAAAGCCUCAGUACAAGCCAUCCUAACUUACAAGAGUAACUUUUCAUGGAGAUGUAACAUCCUUUCCAUUUUAUUCACAUACAAUGGUAAAUUCUGAAUUGUUAGUUUGAAGACUAUUCUAAAGUGGUCAACCUGCACUUCUCACAACUAAGGUAGUUUGUAUCAUUUUCAAAAGUACAUAUUAUUAGGGUUUAUUUGCCCCUGGUCUUUGGUUUGCUCAGCUGCAAAAUGAGCGUGCUAAAUUAAAUUGUCUUAAGGAUUUUCCACUUCAUUUUGUGACUUUGUGUGGUCCGAAUGUCUCAGUAUUUUCACCAGUGUGUUGAUGUUAAAGCCAAAGGCUGCAGUAUGCCUGUAUUCUUGCUGUAUUCAUUUGUAAUUUCAGUAUUUGUAAUGUGAGUUUAAAUAGUGAAAUUUUAUCUCAUAUUAACAUUUCAAAUGCUCAUAUUGAAAAUGGAAGAUAGUAUAGAUGGGAACUGAUUUUAUUCUGGUUGUCUAUUAUACUUCGUUUUAAAGGUAAACGGCCACUCUGCAUUUGCAAGACCCUGUGGUUGACAUUUGUGUAGUUUGUUAGAUGAGACAAAAUGACCAUCAUACGAGUUUCUAGAUUAUUCUGUAUCAAGAUAAAUCUGAUUCCAGUUAAGCUAUAAACUUGUGGGAUUUUCUUGUAGCCCUAUAGUUCUGUGACUUCAUUUGCUAUACACUUUAAAUGUGUUGGGCAGCAUAUGAACCUAAAGAUAUACUGAAGUUUAUUCAUAAAUGUGUUCAGUCUUUUUCUCUUUAUAAUUGUGUGUAAAUGUUAAAUAAAAUAGUGGAUUCUUCUCAUGUUACAAUGUUAAGUGAAUUAUUAAAGAAGUUAAAAUGCAACAA